AGAUGUUCCCAAUCACAGCCCAGCAGCUGAGGCGCGAGGCGGCGGCGGCGGCUUAGAGAUAUCUCCCGGACACACGGCGCUUCAUCUUCGAGCCCCCCCGCUGAAAGUGGCGCAACUGAUGCCCAAMAGUGACGGAAGUCCCAGAAGAAGGAAGAUUUCGGCUACAAAUGAAGACUGCCGUAAAGACAGCCGAAGAUUAUGGAUCAUGGAGAAAUGAAGGACGCAAAGGUUAUUAAUGAAGUAAUUACAGCAGGUGUGAGGAAGUGAAUUAAAUUAGUCUCCUGGCUGUGAGCCGAGAAAAGCCACCAUGGAACUGCAGAACAACACCAAUCACAACCAAGCCUUGUGGAAGGAGAUACCAUGGGAUUUCACAGAGGACUGCUCACUCUCGGUUAGCGGCACCACCUUCCUCAUCAUUGCGUACAGCACGGUUAUGGCUGUGGGCCUCAUUGGGAACUCCUGUCUGGUGUUCGUCAUCACACGGCACAAGGAGAUGCAAAAUGUUACCAACGUCUUCAUCGUCAACCUGUCCUGUUCAGAUAUUUUAAUGUGCAUCAUAUGCCUGCCAGUCACCAUCAUUUAUACCCUGAUGGACCAAUGGAUCCUUGGCGAGACUCUGUGUAAGCUCACACCAUUCAUCCAGUGCAUUUCUGUUACCGUCUCCRUCUUCUCCCUUGUCCUCAUCGCCAUGGAGCGCUACCAGCUCAUCGUCCAUCCGACCGGCUGGAAACCUUUGGUACGGCAGUCCUACUCGGCGGUGGCCGUCACCUGGAUCAUGGCCGGUCUAAUCUCUGUGCCUUUUUUCAAGUACAGCGUACUUGCUUUGCCUUUCCAGAACCUGAGCCUCCCCCUCCCAGUCGGCGACCACUUUGUGUGCAUGGAGAUGUGGCCGUCUCUUCCGAAGCGGCAUGCUUACACCACCUCCCUGCUCGUCUUCCAGUACUUCCUCCCCCUCGCCCUGAUCAUGGUCUGCUACUUGCACAUCUACAUGCGCCUAAAGAGGAGGAAGGACAUGGUGGAUCGAGGCAGGAACGCUUCUCAAAAGAACAACAAGGGCUCCUCGAGGAUCAACGUCAUGCUUGUCGCAAUUGUGGUGGCGUUUGCCAUCUCCUGGCUCCCUCUCAACAUCUUCAACACGGUGUUCGACUGGAACCACGAGGCUAUCCCGUCCUGUGGCCAYGACGUCAUCUUUUCAUUCUGCCACCUCACGGCUAUGACCUCYACGUGCGUCAACCCUAUCAUCUAUGGCUUCCUCAACAGUAACUUCCAGAAGCAGCUCAAGUCCACCAUGUUACGCUGCCACUGCUGGAGGGCAGCGGACAGGUACGAGAGCGUCCCGCUCUCUACUGUCAGCACCGAAGUCACCAAGGGGUCAGUYCUAAGUAAUGGAUCUAUCACUGUCAAUUCAUAAAUCCAAGACACAGCUAAGAGACAGUGGAAGUACUGUGGCCCCCUCAGCCAACAUUAUGUCAUCAUUCAGAGAUUAUUUUGGUUUUCUUGAAUGCAAACAAAAGACAGACAUUCACAAAGCUUAAAACCCCACAAUAACCCUGAAGGAAAACCAGCUGUGAACAUUUACCUACUCUGUAUAAUGUUACUGAUUUAGCUCAAGCUCACACCUAAGAGGAAGCAGAUAAUGAUAUGAGGGUGCAAAGGUCAGACAAGUUUUAACAAUUGUUGGACAACUGGGGACACUUUACGUGUGCACGUUUGGAGACGUAGUCUGUACAGACCGUCGUCUCAUAAAAACAGAGACAGCCUUUUAACCUGUUGAAUGAGUGUCAUGUUUUCUUUGUGAAGCUCUUAAAUCUAUUUGAAUGUCCUGAUCACAUAAACAUCUAUUCAUCAAUUCUUAUCAGAGGGUUUUGACACUUUUACCUGCUGACAAAGUGGUGAAACAUCAGAGAGGACUGGAGAAAACAAAGCAGGUGUUCUUUUUUCUAUUGAGCUGUUUUAUGUUGGUGUAAUUGGUGAUGAUAUGGGAUUGUAGAUUGUGAUGUGUUAAUGAUUAUCAACUGAGAAGCUUAUCUCUCAGCUGAAGGAGCCAGUAUUAGUGCAUUUGAUGUGUCUCUAAGUGCUCAUUUAUUCGAUUUACAGGAAGUGUCUUAUGCUUUUUUUUCCUCGAUGAAAAUCACUGUCGCUGUAACGGUCCGUUACACAUGACCAUGGUAAGAGCUGCACUCAUCUCCUGCCAGCCCUGGUCUGAACUCCUGUAUGUACGUAUAAGUGUGGGAUAAAAUGUGCCCAACAACAAUCAUAUAUCAUCUGCAAUAAAGCAAAAUAUAAGUGACAAUGAA